AACAGCCACCGUGUCGGUAAUAAGGAAUCCGGCCCCGCGGAGAAGCAUGUGAUGACUCAAGCAAGGCAGAAGGGUUCCCUCAAGCAGAACGACGGCAGCGCUGAGUCGUGGGACAGCUCUCCUCUUUGGCCACAUGGUGGCACUAUGGGCGACGCCUGGCCUGAGCGCUCACUUCGAUUCGGGAGGACAAAGAAGAUAAGUGAGAUCGUCAAACAAAGGAAGGUCAUGGCCAAGACGGCGAAUGACAAAAGAGGGAGGACAGAAAAAUCAGAUCAGAACAGAAAACUUGACCGAAGGCGUGACAAGAAACGGCACAGGAAGUCCUAUCCUUUGCGCGGUAGGGCUGGGAGUUCAGAUGGGGAGGGACUCAGCUGUCAUGUCCUCCUUACCCGAUUGGAGGAAAGCAUCCGUGCACAGGAGAGUUCUAAAGAAAGGGUGCGAAAGGAUGCACGCCGACAUUUAUCUCUCAAACCCAAACCCAAAAAAGGGAAAAGCAGUAAACGGAAAGAGGCUGAGUCAUUACCAAAAACCAAAUUAAAGUCAAACAGCCCAGGUCAUGGUGAGUGUAUUCAUGUCCCACAACCUCGCAAGCGCAGACUGGCCUCUCUCAAUGCUGAGGCAGUGAACAGUCUACUGCUUGAAAGAGCUACUGACCCUCAGGCGGCAGCUAAACAGGCCAGGAGACAGGAAGAGCCCACGAAUGGAGGGAUAUCCCUGGAUACAAAUCCAACCAGGAGUGGUGUCCCUGUAGGUCUGAAGGCCACGCAAGGAAACAUCAGUAAAGCCUCCAAAUCUCACAAAGUGUGCCAAAACUCAAAGCGGGUCAAGAAGGCCAAAGCCAACCGAGCAGAGAGCGGGGGGAUGAGUCAGGAGAGUCUGGAUGCCCCCGCCCCCAGAAGAUUGGCUGGACUCAACGCUGCAGCCCUGCUGAAGUUAACUAGCGUGUCUGCUACCAGUAAACAGAGAGUAAAGGCUGCACCCGCGGCUACUGUCACAUCAGACUGCAAGGCUCCUGCUGCCGUCUCCACCCCGAAACAGCACUCCAGGGUCAAACUCAAACACAAGGGGCAGUCACAAAAGCUGAAGGGGAAAAAGGUCCCUCCUCUGCACAGUGGCUGCACGGCCUGCAAGAAGAAGGCAGACUUUGAACCCAAAGUGGAGUGGGAGACGGGCAGCUGCACCCAUCGACUGACCAAGCCCGGCUACCAGUCCCGCAGCAUGCUAGGGUACCCCUUAAAGCAAGUGAAGGAAGAGCAGCUGGAGACCGAACUGAGCCCAUACUACUGCUGUCCCCCAGAGGGCUCAGUGGAAUACUGCCACAGCCUGGCCUUCUUUCUGGGCCAGCAGCCCUACGGAGAAUCGGACGAUCAGCCACUUAACUCAGCCAUGACCCCCGUGAAGCGCGAGUGCCUCGUAACCUCACCGUCCCUGACCCAUUCCCACCCGCACACAGCUCUGACCCUCAGCCCGCACCCUUGCCUCUGCACGGCCGACCACUGCUUCUCCAGCUACUACGUUCACAUCGCCCACCCGCCACACACUGGAACCACGUCAGCAAGCCUGGCCUCGCAACCUCUGAACUUUGCCCCCUCCAGUUUGUGCCCUAAUCGGACGGCCGGCUCCAAGCUGCUGGGUCCACGGGUGUCCCACAGCUCGGGGAUGGCCCACCCCGCCUACUGCAACUCGGUGGCUUCGCCCUGUUACAGUGACGCCUGUGGGAUCAGCGGCUACACCUACAGAGCCAUGCCUCCUGUCACCAGCAGGGGUUGUUCGUUCAGCACAGGAUGCACUGGAUGCACACACAGCAUCAAAACAGAGGGUUACUCCUCCUCUCAGGGUGACCACAGCCCCUCCCUUCUGGUUCCCCCAUCCCUGCCCAUCUCCAGCUGCCCUCUCUCCAGCGUGCCCACUUCCACCCAGACUAAACCCCAUCUGCUGACCCCCCUGUCGGUGCGAGACCAACCCCAGGCCCGGCUAAAGCUGGCCACGGAAUGCCCACAGAGUACCGAACCCUCCAACGGCUCGCUGUCAAUGGGCCGCACACGGCUGCCCCAGAAACAGCCGUCGCCCUUGCCAAGCCUCAGCAGCACCAAACAAAAGCGAGUCAGCCGCAGACGUGCCACCAACGGCUGGCGGCCUGUUGGAAUGCCCACGGAGAGGGAGGUCUUUAUUGCGGGAGAGGAUGAAACAGCCCUGCGGCAGUGUUAUGAAGGAGUGGAGAGGGACGGUGAAGUGAUACAUGUCAGAGACACUGUUCUGCUACGAUCGGGCCCCAGGAAGAAAUCCCUCCCAUAUGUUGCCAAGAUAUCAUCGCUGUGGGAGGACCCCAAAACAGGAGAGCUGAUGAUGAGUCUUUUCUGGUACUACCGACCUGAGCACACACAGGGAGGCCGAGAUCCCAGCACACACUGUGAGAAUGAGAUUUUCGCCUCUCGGCAUCAGGAUGAAAAUAGUGUGGCCUGCAUAGAAGACAGAUGCUACGUUCUCCCACUAGCCCAGUACUGUAGAUUUUGUGCCUUGGUGAAGCGGCGUGCCGAAGGCGCCCCACCUGGCAGCGCCAGCAUGGUGCCCUGCUGCCCCGACUUCGCCCCCCCUUCCCACCGCUGUGUGCCCACAGACGUCGACCCCGAGCUGGUGUAUCUCUGCCGGCACGUCUACGACUUCCGCUUUGGACGCAUCCUGAAGAACCUGCAGUAGAGGGCAGAAGAGGCGUCGCACCCAUGAAUUAAUCAUAACAUAGCUCCCCCCCUUCUGGGAUGGGCAGGGAGGGGGGUUGCUGAAGGACUGAACACCCCUGUCUUUUCUGCUGGGGACGGUCAUGAUCAGAGGGAAGGGGGACAAUGGGGUGGGUCUGGUUUUUGGAGAGGGACAGAUGAAGCAAAAAGUGUUGGACACAUUAUGAAGCACACAUCCCUUUAGCUGACUACAGAGGGGUUCCAAUGUGAUGGAUGCAUUCAUCUCAGUCAGAGCACCAAUAUCUCCUGGUUUGGAAGAGCGAGGAUGGGAGAAUUCAUUCAUCAGCUUGGAUUUUUCCACUUCCACAACUCUCUGAGGUUACGUGUGUGUGUGUAUGUGUGUGUGUGUGUGUGUAUACCCCACCCCCUCGCCUGCCAGGAAUGCUGAACACCAGGCUAAACUGGGCUACUGUCAGGACCGCGUUUCUCCCAAAGCAUCUUAGCACAACAAUCAUGUUUGUUCCAUUUGUAAGCCAAUGACUCGGAAUGGACCGGCGCUAAGGUGCUUCCGGGGGAACACAAGCCUGCACCGUCAGCUCAAUGUUAGCGGUGUUCAACCAGCCGGGGUGAAGGUGCAGCUAAUUGAGAGUGUUGUCUUAUUUCUCCUGAUUUGAGUUUGUCUCAGUUGUGUGUGUGUGUGUGUGUGUGAGUUGUGUGUGGAAGAGAGAGCCAGUGUUGUCAGUGUGGUUAAAUGGAUCAAUGUCGGUAUGUGUGAUGGUUUUCUUUAGGAGGCUUUCAGGCAAUCAAACCAAACAAGCAGCUUUAAAGGAAGCGGAGUUCUCUUCGCCCGUUCCUUUCUUUCUGUGUGCCACAGCGCACUGACACUUACAGAAACCUUUUCAUCUCGAGUGAUGCUUUGCGCAAACUGAAAUACUGUACCUAAACGGGGUUUGUGAGAAAGAUUUUUCCUCGCCAAACUCGAUUCCAGAGCAGGGCUUUGCAAAAAUGGCUCUAAUAGUGAAAACACACACCUUUUCAAACUUUCAUCUCAGCCUCAGUCCUGGCUUGAAGAAGCCUUGUUCUAGAGAGGCUCUUCUAACGGUCCAGUAGAGAGAGCCCUUACUGAGGAGUUGAGACACUCCUGAGCCCUGUGAAGGUUAACAAAACGAGGGACAUCGGUCAUUGUUUUCUGUUUGUUUUUCCGCAUUAUUUUUCACCUUAGCUGUUCCCUGUGACUUGCCUUAUGACUUGCAGGUAGAGCUUUAGGCAGCUAGUCUCACCACAUACUGUACAGCUAGGAAGUGGUAGAACUGUACUGUAAAAAAGAUUGACAGACAGCUACGACACGGUCUCUGGACAAAAUGCACCGGUUCAGGGCUGCAACUAAUGAUUAUUUUCAUUAUUGUUUAAUCGUUUUGUCAAUGAUUUUCAUUAUCAUUUAAUCGUUUUGUCAAUGAAGUGUCACAAAAUAGUGAAAUUGCCCUGUAUAAUUUCCCACAGCCCAAAGUGACUCCAAGAUAUUCAGUUAACCAACUUGUAUGACAAAGAAAAGCAUCAAAUUCCUCACAUUUAACAAGCCAGGACCAACCAAAUUUUUGCUCAAGAAUGACUUAAAUGAUUAUCCAAUUACCAAAAGUAGUUGCAGAUUAAUUUCCAGUCGAUCGGCUGAUCGAUUAAUCGACUCAUUGUCGCAGCUCUAAACCGGUCAGAAACACAGUGCACUUCUCAUGUCUAUCUGCUGUGCUCCAGCUGCUCGAUGUUUCUAUUCUACCCGUUCGAAUUCUACAUCCACACCAAUUAUUUCCCUCCUCCCCCCUGAAGAUAAACCAAAGGAUGUCACACAAGCCAGAGUCCCCCGUCUCCUCCCUCGCACUUCUCCUCCUUGUUAGCACAUCUGCCCUCGUCCCCCUUUAUUAUAUUGCACUAAUCCAUUCCUUCAUUACAACAACAAAUGUGUUCAACUUUUUUUUUUUUUAAGCUACAAAUGUCUUACCUGGGGGACGUGUGUGUGUUUGUGUGUGCGUGUGUGUGUGUGUGUUUAUGUGUGUGUGUGUGUGUGUGUGUGUGUGUGUGUGUGUCUAUUCUUUCACCAGUAGAGGAGUUGGCCAGCGUGUUUGUCAUGUUACCUGAUGCACAAUCUGUUGAA